GUACUUGCUUCUGUUACUUAUUUGGGCAACUAUGAGGAACCCGACGAUUUUUCAUGCGUGAUCAAGUUGUUUGAUUAUUUGAGGGGUAUGCUGCCCGAUUCCCGUCCAGUUGACGUUGAUGCAGCCGACGGUUAUGUUGAUCAAAGAAAUGAUCAAGAUUGGGACAUAGAGUUUACUGAGCUGGAACUUGUCUCAGUUGUUGUGUACAAUUUGUUGCAAAGGCAUCGAUUUAUUGCGAAGGAGUUGAUGGCAGUGGGCGAUAUUUGGAAACCCAGAUUCCAAUAUCUUGUGAAUAUCAUCCGAGUUUUUACGCAGCGUUUGAAGCGAAAGUUAGACGAAGAAGAUAACAGAGGUGGAGAGGAUAUGAGAAACCUCAAGCUUUUAAUGGUAGCUAAUAAUGUAGGAUUGAUUGCAAACUGUUUUUUGGUGAAUAUCUGUGACCUUCACGUCAAACUUCUACCUUCGUGGUCACAGCCACAGAAACGUCGACUGAUACCGCGACGAAAAAUUGUCAUCGAGCCGAAAAGAGGAAGAAUGGAGUGA